AUGCGUAUAAGACUCAUCAUACUUGUGGCCUCGUCGGUCGCUCUUCUUACCACGACCAAGGGAAACCUAGCAUCUAAGGGCAUGGUGGGUGAAAAGACCAAGGCGAUCAAUGAUGAGCAGAUUGUCAAACGUUCUCUAAGGAAUGAGAACAUAAGCGAUUCGAGUGCGGUCAAUGAUGAAGAGCGAAUGAUGAACGCUGAAGGCAACAAAGCUAAACUCGUCGAAGACAUUGUGACUCACUUUAAGAUUAAUAACGAAAGGAACUUUGAUCCAGAUCUUAUCGAACGUGUUAUAGUGAAAACUUUUGAGCGCUAUAAGAAGGUUUUUGACGAAGUUGAACCGAAAAAAAAGAAUUUAUACUUCGUAAGAUUGAUUACUUGA